AUGCAGACACAGGUUGUUUUGAAUUGCGGUGUUAGUUUUAGCGCAACAACGGACUUUAACAACCCCGUUGCAGAUGCUCAAAGCAUGACCCCUACCUCAAGUCUAUCGAGGUGGAAAUUGCAUAAUUCCAAGCUACUACAUACCACUGACAAGGACGUUCUGCUGGAUACCUCAAGCGUACAAUCGAAUAUUAUCAGCAACUUUAUGCUCCAGGCUAUUGACACGCAGGCUGCCUGUCUUUUACUGCAAUCUGUACCAACCGAUCUGCUGGAUGCUCCUGAGCUACUUUUGAAGCUUAUGAUGCCUUUUACUAUGGAUAUGCAUCAGGAUGGCGUCAGCCGGGCACCACGCGUUAGCAACCCUGGCAGUGAUGGUCUCCCAUAUCCGAUUUCAAGUCUGCUUUUUGCCCAUCACCUUACCGGAGCUAUCGCAGUCAAUGUAUUUAACGACGCUCUCAUGGCAGGUCUUUUUCCUUUUUCUUGGGCCGAAACUCGCUUGUGA